CGUCAGUCCCACCCGGGAUCACUAAAGUCAUGUUUUACAACUUCAUACAGCGUCGCAUAGUUUAAUCUUCUAGAACAUAUUAUUCUAUAGUUUGUGGAAUGUUGAUUACCGCUGUUGUGCGCGCUCGCGCGUGCGUCACUGUGUACAUACAGUAGUUGACCUCUUCCUGGUUCGGUGCUGUUGUCAUCCGUCUUCACUUUGAGUCGUUUCUGUUUUCAUUUGUUCACUUUUACUUCCCCAAAGGAGCUAAACGGAGCCGUGAUGCUCAGAAACGAACAGCUGGAAGGUUAAACCACUAGUUAGUUUGUUAACUAGCAGUGACUCGUGGUUAGCUGACGGCUAGCUGUAGCAGCCCUGCCAUUAACAGGCAUGUGGGCGUCCUGCUGUAACUGGUUGUGUAUGGACUCGAGUGACGGUGAACAGGCCAGUGAAGGUGAUAGACAUCAGUCCUACACGAACUCUGCAUUCAGUAGUCAUCCAUCUCCUUCUCCACCUGAGCACAGCUGUAAGGCCUGUGGGGGACCCUUCGACACACCUGCUAAGAAGCACGUGUGUGUCGACUGUCAGAAGAACUACUGCAGCCGUUGCUCUGCCCAACAGGAGCCCCGCCCCCGCCUAUGUCACACCUGUCAGCGUUUCUAUGGCUACCUGCUCGAGCGGGAGGGGCUUAUGAAGCUAAAAGUGAAGGAGCUCAGGGACUACCUGCACCUGCAUGAGGUCUCCACACACCUGUGCAGAGAGAAGGAGGAGCUGGUGGAGCUGGUCCUGGGUCAGCAGUCUUCACCGUCCAGCGACUCCACCACCUCUGAGACUCUGACAUCCGAGCCCCCCUCUGUGACUGCUGAUCCACCUGACCUAACCCCUCACGUCUCCACUUUGACCCCAGACAUCACCACGCUCACCUCGAUCCUGAACCAUGAUCCCACUGCUGCACAGCCCGAAGGCCACACCCCGCCCACAGAGACCGCCCCUACUGAGUUGGAGGUUCAGGAUGAAGACCAGACCUGGGACACAGAGGAGGCCACGGAGGAGGUUCUGAUUUCAGGUCGCAGGGCCUCUCUGUCCGACCUGAGCUGCCUGGAUGACAUCGAGGCGCUGAGUGUCCGACAGCUGAAGGAAAUCCUUGCCAGGAACUUUGUCAACUACAAAGGCUGCUGUGAGAAGUGGGAGCUGAUGGAGAGAGUGACUCGUCUGUACCAGGACCAGCAGAUCCUGCUGGCUGCCAACACAGUGAACGCUUCAGAGGCCAGUGGUGGCGGUGCAGGUCCGGAGGAGAACCUCUGUAAGAUCUGCAUGGACUGUCCCAUCGACUGCGUCCUGCUGGAGUGUGGUCACAUGGUCACCUGCUCCAAGUGCGGUAAGAGGAUGAGUGAGUGUCCCAUCUGCCGCCAGUACGUCAUCCGAGCCGUCCAUGUCUUCAGGUCCUGAACACACCAACCGCGACCUCAGUCCAGGACUGAUCGUCUUGAAGCAAUAAACUGCAAACAAAUCUUCCUCAAGAGGAUGCUCCACAGAGACAGAAUGCUUUUACCUCUUUUGUUCUAGUGUAAAUAAUACAUGUGGUAUGACCAUGUCUAAGAAUGUAUGAAGUGACCUUAUCUGACCAUGACACUGCAGAGCUGCUGUUUGGACACCAACACUGAACCUACAGACUGACUCUACAGAUCACAUCUCUGAACCCUUUAACUCACCAAUCGAGAAUCCUCUGUGCCUUUGUCAGCUUGUCACUGCCUCCAUCAGUCCUGCUCGCUGUGAAAGGUAGAGUGAAGGUAAAACCAGGACUGAGGUCACAUCGCCUUACCAAGAACUCAGACUGUGUACUGCCUGCUGUGAGUUUACAUUGUACACAUAACUAAAGGUAGCCCUCCAUGGUAUCGGGACCAGCAGCGGCCAACCCGAGAUGGUCUGGAAGCUGAAAGCUCCUCUACUCUGAUGUCAGCCUUAUUGUUGACUCAUCCAUUUAAAACCUUUAAUCACAGGUUGAAGAAGCACAUUAGUGUGGUUGUAGGUAACUUUACAUGAUCACUUCAUUACCAAGUGUAACACAUUUAGUUUGAGGUUUAAGGAUGUAUUUUCGCUGCCAUUCCAGUAGAUGCAGUUCUCCAUCCAUUUCUGCUGUGCACUGGUUCCAACUGUUUUGUCUUGUGACCAUUUACAACAAAGCUGUGUCCUUUUGCGGCCUGUGAACAGUUCACAUAGGUUCACAGUUGUGACCGAUUCUGCCAAAGAGUGAUUCUUUUAUUUGGCCUCAAGAUAAAAUUGUUCAGCAAUUCUUAAGGAAAAACAGGAAGAUUAGAAAAGAACCUGAAAAAAGAGGCAGAUGCUAUUUUUCCUCGUUCACACACUUUAAAUUCUCUGGAUUUCCAGAUGUAAUGAUUGGAUUUUUUCAGCAGAUUCCUGGAAAUAAUACUGCCAUCUGGUGCUGAUUAGAGGGAACUGAGACAAGGUUCUGAGCGACUUAUUUAGGGUGUAUGUGGUUUUGUUUGAGCUUAUAAGUGCUAAGAAUGUUUUAGAAAAUGAAGAAGACCUGCUUGAUUUCUGAAGCUUAACUGCAGACUACCUGUCUGUCCUGGACCUCUGUCUUCUCACCUGCCUGGAAAAAAGAUGUAUCUAAAUGUUGUAUCUUUAAAUCUGUAUCAGGUUUAAUAGAAACAGAGACCCCAGAAUGCUUCCCUGAGGGACUCCACAUUAAUGAAGAUGUUUUCUUCAUCUUUACCAGCAGGCUUUCACUGUGUUUUGUUGAACAGAAGAUUUAGCUGUUAAACUUUUGGAUUUGAGGUUGACUUGUAAUUGAUUGCACUGAUUUAUUGAACUUCUUCAUUCAUGAUUUUUUUUUUUGUGAGAUGAGGAUUGAUAUUUAAAGGCUUACUGAUUUUGG